CAACAAGUCGCAGGCGAAUGUCGUCAUUGCAUUCUCCACCCGCCUCUACUGAUUGCUCGACACUUCUGAUUCCGGCUUGCUGGAAUUGUAUUCUCAUCGUGGUGAAAAGGACAGUCUGUGCCCGGCAGAUGCAGUUCUUUGGGUCGUGGGCCGAUGUGUGCUGGUGUCAAUGAUGGCAACCCCAGAGUGCUUUGUUGCUGCCGCGAGACAGUUUUUGACAUCAGGAAAGAAGAAAUUCUUGUCGGUGUCUUUGUGUUUGAACCUUGCUGUCCAAGUCUUAGCUGUCGAUUCAGGUCUGAAGCCUGCAAUGGUGUAUGACACUAACUCGGCAGGACCAGAUCAGGUACAGCGAUACCUUGACAAGCUGCGAGCAUUGGGUCUCGUUACAGAUGCACUCCGCAUAGUUACAAUCGACGAUAAUGUCCUUAUUAUCAACCUAGACCUGAUUGUCCAGCACUUGGAAGAGCUGCUUCUGAAGAAGAAUGUUGCCGUCAUAGACGUGUCGAAAUCUAGGGACCAACCCGCCCUGGCGAGCGUGGAAUACAGUGGCAUUGAGGAACCAAUACAGGGAAUUCUGUGUACUUUGCGAACAUUGCCGAGGGACAGCCUUGUGGUCCCUGCAGUAGGACAGCAGCUGUGUGUCGGAUGGAAUUUGUGCUCUGUGUUUGGGAUUCUCCUGGGCUUCCCUGCCACCUACUGGUUUCAGCAGAAGAGUAGCUUUGAGAACUGCCUCACCAUGGUGCCGCUGGUGGUCACAAAGGCAACAGCUUCCUGGGAUACUGUUGCCGGGGGUUACAGUAACACAUUCUCAUCCUUCAGUGUCCCUCAGCUACUGAUACCAGAGACGAGGCCUUUAUUGGACAAGUGGACAGAAAAACUGCAAGAGCGAUUCGGUCAACAGUCCGUCUUCUCGGCACUUACGGUUUCCACAGAAAUGGUCUGUUUGCCGUCCGUGUCCCUCUGAUCAACUUCAUGUCCAAAUAUUUCAGAACAAUUAUUUUAGGGAAUAAUUACCUAAUGUCUCAGCCAGAACUUCUGGCUGUGUUACAGAAACAUUCACCCAGGUAAUCCAUUGAGAUACUUUAAAUAGGGUGUUGCAAAUUCCACUGUUUGAGACAAUAUUUUUCAAUGUUUUGUCCUUGUCAUUCCAGUGCAUACAUCGGUGUUUAGCACUUUAAUGAUGAUUGAGAAACAAAUUAGUUCACUUUAAUGGGAUCCAUGCCCUUUACAAUACUCACUCAGUAUUUGGAUCCAAUUUAUGGGUCACUGUCACCUUGGAUUUCUAAUGACCUUCACAGAGCAAUUAGAAUCAUAACAAUCAUACAAUCAGCUCUGGUGCUCUAUUGUGCAAUUGUACAUCUUUGUCCUGCUGUACAAAUAAAUGUAAACUUUAUGGUCUUGA